GUAGUAGGGAAGUACUCGUUAGCGCACAUUGUCGUCAGCGGUCGGCGCACAAACUCUGCGAGCAUCCACUAGUCUCUCUCUGUUGCGUACGAGAUCUGGAAGACCGAGGAGGAGAGUUCAUUCCGCUACAGUCAUCCAUGGCUCUGUGCAACGGAGAAACCAAGCUGGACAUCAGCAGCGUUGAGCCUCAGAAUGGUUCAUGUGAGGGGGCGGUGGUCAUCCUGGAUGCCGGGGCUCAGUACGGCAAGGUGAUUGACAGGCGGAUCAGAGAGCUGUUUGUUCGCUCAGAGAUACUCCCACUAGAGACGCCAGCCUUCGCCAUCAGAGAACAAGGCUUCAGAGCCAUCAUUAUCUCUGGUGGUCCUAACUCUGUGUAUGCUGAGGAUGCCCCCUGGUUUGACCCUGCCAUAUUCACCAUUGGAAAGCCUGUCCUGGGUAUCUGUUAUGGAAUGCAGAUGAUGAAUAAAGUUUUUGGAGGAACAGUACACAGGAAGAGUGUGAGAGAGGAUGGAGUGUUCAACAUCGGAUUGGACAACACCUGCUCUCUCUUCAGGGGCCUGCAGAAAGAGGAGCCGGUGUUGUUGACUCAUGGGGACAGUGUGGACAAGGUGGCCGAUGGCUUCAAGGUGGUGGCCCAGUCAGGGAGCAUCAUUGCAGGUAUUGCCAACGAGCAGAAGAAACUGUACGGAACCCAGUUUCACCCGGAAGUGGACCUGACAGAGCGGGGCACAGAGAUAUUACGUAACUUCCUGUUUGAAAUCGCCGGCUGCACUUCCAACUUCACCGUCCAGAACCGCCAGCAGUCCUGCAUCACAGAGAUCCAGGAGAAAGUUGGCAAGUCCAAAGUACUGGUUCUGCUGAGUGGCGGGGUGGACUCCACGGUGUGUACGGCCCUGCUGAACAAAGCUCUGAACAAGGAGCAGGUGAUCGCGGUACACAUCGACAAUGGCUUCAUGAGGAAAAGAGAGAGCCAGAGCGUUGAGGAGGCCCUCACCAAACUGGGCAUCAACCUCAAAGUGGUGAACGCAGCACACACCUUCUAUAACGGCACGACGACCCUGCCCAUCUCCGACGAAGACCGGACGCCACGGAAACGCAUCAGCAAGACCCUCAACAUGACCACCAACCCUGAGGAGAAGAGGAAGAUCAUCGGAGACACCUUCGUCAAGGUGGCCAAUGAGGUGAUAGGUGAGAUGAACCUGAAGCCGGAGGAGGUGUUCCUAGCCCAGGGCACCCUUAGGCCAGAUCUCAUAGAGAGUGCUUCUCAUCUCGCCAGCGGCAAGGCAGAGGUCAUCAAAACACACCACAACGACACAGAGCUCAUCCGCAAGCUCAGAGACGAGGGAAAAGUCAUUGAGCCGCUGAAGGACUUCCAUAAGGAUGAGGUUCGGGCACUGGGCAGAGAACUGGGACUGCCAGAGGACAUUGUCUGUCGACACCCUUUCCCUGGUCCUGGCCUGGCCAUCAGAGUGAUCUGUGCAGACGAGCCCUACAUCUGUAAGGACUUUGCUGAGACCAACAACAUCCUCAAGAUCAUCACAGACUUCUCUGCCAUGGUCAAAAAGCCCCACACGCUGCUGCAGAGAGUGAAGUCGUGUAUAUCAGACGAGGAGGAGGAGAAACUCCUGCAGAUCACCAGUGUUCAUUCACUCAAUGCCUUCCUGCUGCCAAUCAAGACUGUGGGAGUCCAGGGUGACUGUCGGUCCUAUAGCUAUGUGUGUGGGGUCACCAGUAAAGAGGCUCCACACUGGGAAUCCCUCAUGUUCCUGGCCAGACUCAUCCCUCGCAUGUGCCACACCAUCAACAGAGUUGUGUAUGUAUUUGGGUCCCACGUGAAGGAGCCCCCCACAGACAUCACCCCCACCUUCCUGACCACGGGCGUUCUCAGCACACUCAGACAGGCCGACUUCGUGGCCCACUCCAUCCUCAGAGAGUCUGGUUACUCUGGGAAGAUCAGCCAGAUGCCGGUCAUCCUGACCCCGCUGCACUUUGACCGCGAUUCCUCACAGAGGCAGCCGUCCUGUCGGCGCUCUGUGGUCGUCAGAACGUUCAUCACCAGCGACUUCAUGACCGGGAUACCUGCCACGCCCGGAAAGCACAUCCCGGAGGAGGUGGUGCUGAAAAUGGUGAAUGAGAUCAAGAAGAUCCCUGGCAUCUCCCGGGUGAUGUUUGACCUGACCUCCAAACCUCCCGGCACCACAGAGUGGGAGUAGAGCUCAUGGAGAGAGAGAGAGAGAGAGAAGGGAGAGAGAGCGAGAGAGAGAGAAGGGAGGUGUGG